GCAAAAUAAAUGAAACUUUGAUUUUGGGGAUUUAAGGAUUUGUGAUUGAGAAAUCGAAGAUGCUGGAGAAGAUCGGGUUGCCGGCGAAGCCAUCACUCAGAGGCAAUAAUUGGGUGGUUGACGCCUCGCACUGUCAGGGAUGUUCUUCCCAGUUCACCUUCAUCAAUCGCAAGCAUCAUUGCAGGAGGUGUGGAGGCAUUUUCUGUGGCAGCUGUACACAGCAAAGGAUGUUUUUGCGUGGGCAAGGUGAUUCGCCUGUGCGUAUAUGUGAGCCUUGUAAGAAGCUGGAAGAGGCAGCGCGGUUCGAGAGAUAUGGACACAAGAGUAGAGCUGCCAGAGGCACUUCAAAGUCGACAUCGAAGCCUGAGGAUGAAAUUUUGAACCAGAUACUUGGUAAUGAAGGGAAGGAUUCGGGACAAGAGGUUAACAAUAAUGUAGUUUCCGGUGUGCAGAGGGCAACUAGUAGUGCAUCAUGCUCAAAUAGUCGAGAAGAUUCCACCCAUGAUGCGGUGGGAGAAAUACUUAGAAGUGUUUCUGCUGAUAAGUUUAGUCAUUUACAGAGUGAUAGUGAAUCUGCUACUCCUGAGGAAUUGCGUCAGCAAGCUGUGGAUGAGAAGAAGAAGUAUAGAAUUCUGAAAGGAGAAGGGAAGUCAGCUGAAGCAUUAACAGCCUUUAAGAAAGGGAAGGAGCUUGAGAGGCAGGCUGAUGCAUUGGAAAUAUCCUUAAGAAAGAAGCGUAAAAAGGAUUUGCUCUCGGACAAUGUGGCAGAGGGCCAGAUUAAAGAUGACCCUUCCCUAUCCGGAAGAAGAAAUAGGUUGACUCCUCCAUUGGGUAAAGAAAAAGAUGACCUUUCUGCGGAGCUUAAAGAAUUAGGGUGGUCUGAUAAGGAUCUCCAUGACGGGGAUAAAAAAAAUCCAAGUCUGAGUUUGGAGGGCGAGCUCUCUUCUCUUCUCAGAGAAGUCUCACAAAAUUCCAAUAAGAGUAAGGCUACUAGUGCCAUUGACAAAACACAGGUUGUUGCACAUAAAAAGUUGGCACUCCAGCUGAAGCGUGAGGGCAGACUUGCCGAAGCCAAGGAAGAAUUAAAGAGAGCUAAAGUUCUAGAGAAGCAACUUGAAGAACAGGAAUUGUUAGCUGAGGCUGAAGAGUCUGAUGAUGAAAUAUCUGCACUGAUUCGUGGUAUGGAUGAUGACAAAGAAGAAUUUUCAAUUAAAUAUGAGCAGGAGGAUGGCCUAAAUUUUGCUAGUCUUAUUAAUGCUGCUGAUGAUCAUAAUAUAGAUAGUAAUUUUGAGGUGACAGACGAGGAUAUGGAGGACCCAGAAAUAACUGCUGCUUUAGAAUCUUUUGGAUGGACUAAAGAUUCCAAUAAUCCUCCUGAAACCUCUGCCGCCCAGAUAGCUUUGGUUGACCGGGAAGCACUGUUAAGUGAAAUUCAAUCUUUAAAAAGAGAGGCUCUAACUCAUAAACGGGCAGGUAAUGUCACAGAAGCAAUGGCGCAGCUGAAAAAGGCAAAACUGCUUGAAAGGGACCUAGAAAACAUCCAGUCUCAAAGGGGCAAUGUCAUGAAACCUUCUGCAACAGUUCAUAAUCAAACUAUUGAAAGAUCAUCAAAGCCAUCUAUAAUGGGUGCUGGAAAUGUCAGUGCAAUGAACAAGAGUAAGAGUAAGUCAAUGAUUCAAAAGGAGCUUCUGGCUUUGAAGAAGAAGGCCCGUGCUCUGAGACAGGAAGGGCGAUUAGAUGAAGCUGAAGAAGAGUUGAAGAAAGGUAGGGUUCUUGAGAAUCAGCUUGAAGAGGUGGAGAAUAGUAAGGACUCAGUUUUGGAACAUCGGCAUGCCAAUGACUCUGCAAUUCUGUCUGUUGCGGACGAGGAAGGAGACAAUGUAACAGAUCAAGAUAUGUAUGAUCCCACGUAUCUUUCCAUGCUAAAGAAUUUGGGUUGGAAUGAUGAUAAUGAAGUCGCAAACUCCUCACCAGAACCUUAUAAGCUAAUAGAUAACAUGCAGGCUAGUGGAUCUCCUCAAGCACAAGCCCCAAGUCAUUUCCCGGUUAGAGGGUCAAGGAAAAGUAAAUCUGAAAUUCAGAAGGAACUGUUAGGGUUGAAAAGAAAAGCUCUUGCUCUGAGGCGCCAGGGAGACACUGAGGAAGCAGAAGAAAUGCUGAAAAAGGCAAAAGCAUUAGAGGGCGAGUUGGCGGAGAUGGAAGCACCAAAGAAAGUUGAGUUGGAGGUCGGUAGGGACAAGGGAAAUUUCAUUGAUCCUCUUGACAGUGUAAAGGAAGAAGGUGAUGGCGUGGAUGUAACAGAAAAUGAUAUGCAGGACCCAGCACUACUCUCAGUGCUAAAGAGUUUGGGGUGGGAGGAUGAGGAGCAUUCUGUGGAUGCAUCUCCUCUUCAAUCUUCUUCCAAAGUUGCUGCACCAAGAAGCAAGGGUGAAAUCCAAAGGGAACUUUUGGAUUUGAAAAGAAAGGCUCAUGCGUUUAGAAGAAAGGGACAGACUGAAGAAGCUGAAGAAGUGUUGAAAAUGACAAAGGUACUAGAAGUUCAAAUUGAAGAGUUGGAAGCCCCAAAGGGUUUACCGAUGGAAUUGGAUCCAGGUCAUCUGGACAACCAGGGAAGUGCUCAAGGUACAAGUCAGUCUUCACCUGCCCAAAGUGGGAACUUUGCAGAUUUGUUGACAGGGGAUGACUGGAGAGGUACUCCAGGAUCCGAUGUAACACAACAUGAUAACCUAACUUGUUCUGCUGAUUCUGCUAAUGUCGGUACAUUUCAGCUGAGGUCAUCACAGGAAGAUCUGAGGAAAAGAGAUGAUGCAAUAUUUAAGAAAGGGGAAGAAACGGUUGUAGCAAAUGAGAAGCGACAUGCUGAAGAGGCAAAUAUGGUUCUGAGACCUCCUUCAGAGAUUAAUGAAAGUGUCAUUCGGGAAGAAAUCAUGGCUUUCAAGAGGAGGGCAUUAGCUCUUAAAAGAGAAGGAAAGCUGACAGAAGCUCGGGAAGAACUUAAGCAGGCAAAAGUGUUGGAGAAGCGUCUUGAGGAAGAAAGUCCUCAGUCCAAAUCUACUUUGAGUGAUGUAUCCAGUUCUGCUGAAAAUGUUCUUCCAGCUGCCCAAAAGCAUCAUGGUUCACCGUCCUCAGGCACAAAACCACUGUCCAGUCGUGAUCGCUUCAAGUUGCAACAAGAGUCUCUAGGUCACAAACGCCAAGCCCUAAAGCUGCGAAGGGAGGGUCGGACUGAUGAAGCAGAGGCAGAGUUUGAAUUGGCCAAGGCACUUGAGGCUCAGUUAGAGGAAAGUGCUGCUCAUGAUUCCACAACUGCAGCACCGGCGGAUGAUGUGGCCGUAGAGGGACUUCUUGAUCCUGAAAUUCUGUCCGCGUUAAGAGCAAUUGGAAUUGAAGAUGCCAAUACAUCAUCUCAAGGUCCUGGAAGACCAGAGCAUUCAAAGCCCAGUGUUAGCAAGAUUGACAAUGCAAUCCAAGAUAGAAGUAAUCUGGAGGAACAGAUCAAGGCGGAGAAAGUGAAGGCAUUACAUCUGAAACGUGCAGGAAAACAAGCCGAGGCCUUGGAUGCUCUUCGAAGAGCCAAGAUGCUCGAAAAGAAGCUGAAUUCCUCUCCUACAAAGUGAACAUACAGCAUACCCUUCUUUUUUAUAUAUUUUUCCAUAGCAACCAUGUAUGCCAGUUUCAAACCAAUAGCAUCAUCAUAAUGUAAAAGUGCCUUGCCUGCCUACAUAACACUCCAGUUAACAUUCUGCGUGUUUGUCUUUCAGAUUCUGUAUCACUGAAAUUUGUAAUAAGCUGAGAUAAAGGACUGCUUAUAGAUCCCCUUUAUUAAGUAAAUUUGUAAUUAUA